CGCUAAACCAAUAUAAAUUGAACAUAAGCUUCAGUCAUACAUUCAUUUAUUCUAUAGUUUAUGGUUUUGCAUUGGUUCAUUCGGUCGGUGAUUUUAGCUUCGGCCAUUUUGAAUUUGACCGUCUCGCUAAGCUCACGGUUCAACAAUGGCGGACGCAGCUCCUGCCGGUGGACGUGGCGGUUUUCGCGGUGGCUUUGGAUCUCGUGGCGGUGACAGAGGCCGUGGGGGUCCACGUGGACGCGGCCGUGGUCGCGGUAGAGGUCGCGGACGCGGAAAGGAAGACCAGAAGGAAUGGGUGCCUGUAACCAAGCUGGGUCGCCUCGUGCGCGAAGGAAAGAUAGACAAACUCGAGAGCAUCUACCUGUUCUCUUUGCCCAUAAAAGAGUUCGAAAUCAUCGACUUCUUCCUUGGCGCAUCUUUGAAUGACGAAGUACUGAAAAUUAUGCCAGUACAGAAGCAAACCCGGGCCGGUCAGCGUACCCGUUUCAAGGCAUUUGUGGCUAUUGGAGACAACAAUGGACACAUUGGCCUUGGUGUCAAAUGCAGCAAGGAAGUCGCGACUGCCAUUAGAGGCGCCAUCAUCUUGGCCAAGCUAUCAGUACUCCCUGUCCGUAGAGGCUACUGGGGUAACAAGAUCGGCAAACCGCACACUGUACCAUGCAAGGUCACUGGCAAGUGUGGUUCUGUAACAGUACGGUUGAUCCCAGCUCCCCGUGGUACUGGUAUUGUGUCGGCCCCAGUUCCUAAGAAGCUGCUUCAGAUGGCUGGAGUACAGGAUUGUUAUACAUCUGCUCGCGGUUCCACUGGCACUCUUGGAAACUUUGCUAAGGCUACAUAUGCGGCCAUUGCUAAGACAUACGCCUACCUUACUCCUGAUCUGUGGAGGGACAUCCCACUGACCAAGUCACCAUACUCUGAAUUCAAAGUCUAAAUAUUGAUUAAAUGUCUUGAACAAAA